AUGUUCGGGACAGAACCUGCAGAGAGUGGCUAUUCUGAGGGAGAAGACAUGGGGCAAGCGGUAACAUAUUUUCAGAAGAAAGACACGGCGUUCAUCUCUUUCGAAGAUCUCGCCGAUGACAUUCGGCAGGCCAAAUAUGUCGUGGCGCUCACGGGCGCGGGUGUCUCUGCGGAGAGUGGCAUUCCAACGUUCCGCGACCCGUCGGACGGCUUGUGGACGAAAUAUGACCCGGCGGUAUAUGCGACAGUUUGGGGAUUCUGGCGACACCCACAGAAGAUCUGGGAACUUCUCCAUGAUUUCAUGCGGUCAAACGACCCCGUGCCAAAUCCGGCUCAUAUAGCGUUAACAGAUCUCCAGCGGCUUGGAUACCUGAAAUCCAUUGUGACGCAGAACGUCGACAAUCUUCACCAGGACUCAGGGUCUACUAACGUCAUCGAGUAUCAUGGUAGCCUUCUCUCUGCAACGUGCAGGCGAUGCGGGGAGAAAUUGCCUCUGUCCAAGUCCAUGCUGCAAGACGACAACUUCACCAAGGAGCUACCCCCUAAGUGCGCGUGCGGCGGUAUCUUCAAGCCCGACGCCAUUCUGUUUGGGGAAGGCAUUCCGGCCCACGCCGUGCAGAACGCGAAUCGAGAAGUGGAUAAAUGCGACCUUCUCUUGGUUGUUGGCACGAGCGCUUCUGUCUCUCCAGCCUCUAGCUUGCCGUACCGGGCGUUGCGCGGUGGAGCGAAGGUUGUCGAGAUUAACUUGGAGACAACAGGACUGACGAACCGGAUCAGCGACAAGUUUGUUCGGGGCCCGGCGAGUCAGUUGACCCGAACGGUGGCGACGCUGCGAAGUGAUGGAGGCACCGCGACGAAAACGCAGUCAUCCAUUCCCACAAGCAAUUGA